CUCCCGCAAACGUUAUGUCAGAUCAGGAGGCCUUAAGCUUACGGCUUACCAAAGGUCGGUCGAGGAUACGUCAGGCCCGUUCUUGGCCUAUCGAAGACGGAUUGAGAAGAUGGCAGAACCGAGCUGAGCCAGACCCCGGAGUCUUGCUGCAGCACCGAUUCAGUACCGUGGGUAUAAAAGGGAGAGGUAUGGAGUUAUGUGGCAUGCUUAAGCGCGUUCCUUCCAUCCCGAGUCUCAUCGUCUUCAUAGACAACCAGCCUCUUGUUCCGCACACUUCAGGACGCAAACCGCCACGAUGACCGCCGAAACUAGAGAAUUCGACUAUAUUGUUGUAGGGGGAGGAACCGCGGGCGUGGCAAUAGCUUCCCGCCUCAGCCAAUACCUCCCAUCCGCGAAAAUCGCCCUCCUGGAAGCCGGUCCCAACGCCGUCGACAACCCGAACGUCACUAAUCCGAAUAACUUUAUGCACCUCAUCCCAGAAGGAAUCAUUGUAGACUACUCCACUACGCCUCAAGAGCACUGCGAUAACCGCCAGUUUCCCAAUUUCGCCGGGCGCAUGCUCUCCGGCGCCAGCGGCGUCAAUGUUGGCGUGUGGAUGCGCGCAUCGAGCACGGAUUAUAGGCUAGUCGCAGAAAGAGCUGGGAAUGAGAGAUUUGGGUUCGACAAUAUGGUGAAGUACUUUAAGAGGGCGGAGACGCAUUGGGAUAAGGAGGCGGAUCCGAAGUUCCAUGGGUUUGAUGGGCCCGUGCAUACGGUGGGUGGGAGGAAGUAUCCGCUGCGAGAGGUUGUGAGAGAGAGCUUUGAGAAGAUGGGGCAUAGGUAUAACCCAGAUGGGACGAAAGGAGAUCCAACUGGCCUGACGGACUUGACGCAAUGCUAUCGAGCGACGUCUGAGUCGAGCUCUGAACGGCAGCAUAGCGGGAAGGUGUAUGAUUUGACGAAGGUUCACAUCCGCUGCGAUGCGCCGGUUGCUAAGAUUCUACUCGACUCCGCAAAACGCACGACUGGUGUUGAGCUUGUCUCGGGCGAGCGCCUCCAUGCGAGAAAAGAAGUCGUCGUCUCUUGCGGUGCUCAGAAAACGCCCCAAAUUUUGAUGCUCUCUGGAAUCGGUCCGCCCAGCGAGCUCUCCAAACACGAUAUCCCGUUGCGCAUCGACUCGCCUAGUGUUGGCCAGAACUUAUUCGACCACUCCUCCCUCAUGCAAUACUUCAAGCUCAAGCAUCCGGAAAGAGGCCUUUGUCUCCCGUUCGAUGGAAAUAUGCGACCUGAGUAUGGCCAAGGAUUCCCAUGGGAAUUCCAUCUCUUCUCGCACAUCCCGCCAUCAGAACUCGGACCUGUCCUCGCACAGGACGAUGCCGGCGUCGGUGCCGCACAUCCUCAUCUACGAGAUAAACGCUGUCAUUACUUGAACAUACCGAUGUACUUCCCCAUCCUCGCAACCCCAGAAUACAACCCCGACAUCGUCAUGGGCGACGGCAAGCACGUCGCCUUGACAUCGCUGCAUCUUCUCCCCAUCUCGCGGGGCACCGUAACACUCCAGUCCGCCAACCCCUCUGACAACCCGGUGGUAGACCCACGUUACUUCUCCACACCCACAGAUCGCUACAUCCUCCGGCGUGCUGUGCGCACCAUGCUCCAGCUUACGGAGACCGAGCCCUUGGCCUCAGAGCUCGAUGGCGAGACACCUCCCGCGGAUCCAAACUUCCCACCUUUGACGAGCAAGAGCUCAGAUGAGGAGAUUGAUAAAAGGAUUAGGGGUUGGGCGGGUACGAUAUAUCAUGCGAUGGGGACCUGUGCGUUGGGGACGGUGCUGGAUAGCGAGUUUAGGGUAAAGGGGGCGGAGGGCCUGAGGGUAUGCGAUGCGAGUGUGUUUCCGGAGCCGAUUGGAGCGAUGCCGAGUCACACCGUGUAUGCAUUAGGGGAGCUGUGUGCAGAUUUGGUCGCGGGCAGGGUGUAAAGGCCCUCUCCACACUUCUGCGAUACAACAGAAGGGACCAUAGAUGGCCGGGUAGACUUUACUGUGCAGUCGAUCCAAGCUAGUCACAUGCUCCGUUUCUCUGACCGAGCAGCACGAAAACGAACAAGGAUACAAUCGGUGAGGUUGGAGUAAGCUUUCCGCUACCUGACGCCACUGCGCGCCAUCUGUGCUAGCUAAGUCGUCAUUCAUCACGCAGUUGGCUGGUUAUGCGCUGUUUUGCUAUCGUCGAUAUAUAGACCCUGCAUGGAUGUGGUAGGGAUUAGCGCCUUCUCCACAUCACAAGACUAUCAAGG